AUGAAUAGAAUUAUUAAUUACAAAUAUGCUAUCUCUAAUAUAAUAUUUCCACGUACUCCGCCGUUGACUCUCUCUCUCGAUGGCUCUCACCGCCGUCUCUCCCUCUCCUCCAAACCCCUUCUCCGCCACCAUCACCACUAUCUGCCCACUUCUCACAAACCCAUCUUAGCCGUCCACGCCGCUGACCCCUCCAAGUCCUCCAAAUCAUCUGCCGCGGCUGUAACCCCCUCAAUUCCAACCAAAUGGAGCCUGGAAAGCUGGAAAGCCAAGAAGGCCCUCCAGCUCCCUGAAUACCCUGAUCAAAAUGAGCUAGAAUCCGUCCUCAACACCCUCGAGUCUUUCCCUCCCAUCGUCUUCGCCGGUGAGGCCAGGAGCCUCGAGGACCGCCUGGCCGAGGCCUCUAUGGGCAAGGCUUUCCUGCUUCAGGGUGGGGAUUGUGCUGAGAGCUUCAAGGAGUUCAAUGCCAACAACAUUCGUGACACCUUCCGUGUUAUUCUCCAGAUGGGCGUCGUUCUCAUGUUCGGAGGACAAAUGCCUGUCAUCAAGGUGGGGAGAAUGGCGGGCCAGUUUGCAAAGCCUCGAUCGGAUCCAUUUGAAGAGAAGGAUGGAGUGAAGCUGCCAAGUUACAGAGGUGACAACAUCAACGGCGAUGCAUUUGAUAAAGAAUCAAGAAAUCCAGACCCUGAUAGGAUGAUUAGGGCCUAUUGCCAAUCCGUCGCAACUUUGAACCUCUUAAGGGCGUUUGCCACUGGAGGGUACGCGGCUAUGCAGAGAGUCACCCACUGGAAUCUAGAUUUCAUGGAGCACAGUGAGCAGGGAGAUAGGUACCGGGAACUGGCUCACCGAGUGGACGAGGCCCUUGGAUUCAUGGGUGCUGCUGGACUGACUGCUGAGCAUCCAAUCAUGACCACAACAGAUUUCUGGACAUCUCAUGAAUGCUUACUUCUGCCUUAUGAGCAAGCACUUACAAGAGAGGAUUCUACUUCUGGGCUGUACUAUGACUGCUCUGCUCACAUGCUUUGGGUGGGGGAACGAACCCGCCAACUUGAUGGUGCGCAUGUUGAGUUUUUGAGUGGAGUUGCCAAUCCUCUUGGCAUCAAGGUGAGUGACAAAAUGGAUCCGAAUGAGCUUGUUAGGCUCAUAGAUAUUCUAAAUCCCAAGAACAAGCCAGGAAGAUUAACAAUAAUUGUAAGAAUGGGAGCUGAGAACAUGAGAGUUAAGCUUCCUCAUCUAAUCAGAGCUGUUCGUAGAGCAGGUCAAAUUGUCACUUGGGUCAGUGACCCCAUGCAUGGGAAUACCAUUAAAGCUCCUUGUGGACUUAAAACCCGCUCCUUCGAUGCAAUUAGGGCUGAGGUGAGAGCAUUCUUUGAUGUACAUGAUCAAGAAGGAAGCUACCCUGGCGGGGUUCAUUUGGAGAUGACGGGGCAGAAUGUGACAGAAUGCGUGGGAGGCUCACUAACUGUAACAUAUAAUGAUCUCAGCUCGCGGUACCAUACCCAUUGUGACCCAAGGCUGAAUGCUUCGCAAUCUCUAGAGCUUGCCUUUAUUAUUGCGGAGCGGCUACGAAAGAGAAGAAUUGGAUCAAGGCAUUCGCUGGCCUCAAUUGGAUUCUAGUAGGCUUUUGUGUGUUUAAUGGUAUAACCUUUAGGAUGUGUUUGUUUUCUUCUUAUAAACUUAGAUGUUGUUUUGUGAAGUAUCUGUGAUUUCUGUAGUGACGGUGUGAAAGGGAUUCAAUUGUGGGCAAAUAAAUAAAAUGAGAACUAAAGAAACUACCAGUAAUGGUAAUGUAUUAUAUGGACUUGGACUACUGCUUUUAUGAUCGACGAAAAUGCAAGGCUUGCGUCAGUUAUGUGGAUCUAAA